UCUUCGCCCUGCAUCCAGCUUUUCGGUUCAUUUCCGUCACCCAUUUCCUUAACGCAUUCUCAGUUCUGUUUUUUUGCCUCAACUCUCUACAUAUCGGCUUCGAAUUCAAACCCAAAUUAUUGCGGAAACCUUUGUCCAGAAUGGCUACCGCACGCCAAACACUGAGAGAUCGUCAAGUCGCAUCUAUCGAAAAGAUCCUUAACCUCAAUCACGAACAGGCGAAACACGAAUCCGAUAUCAACGGCUUAGUUCCUUCGUCCACUCCCAUCCUGAACGACGAGGGUGAACCUAUAUGGAAGGUUUUGGUUUUUGACAACCUGGGCCGAGACGUCAUAUCUUCCGUCCUUAGAGUACAAGACCUUAGGAACUUUGGUGUGACUAUACAUCUUAACUUGCUCUCGUCGCGCCACCCAAUCCCGGAUGUGCCAGUCGUAUACUUUGUCGAACCGACAGCUGAGAACAUUACAGCUAUUUCCAACGACUUGACUAACAAUAUCUACGACAUCGCUUAUGUCAACUUCCUAUCGUCAGUUCCACGGGCUAUUCUGGAGGACUUUGCGGCAUUGACUGCUCAGAACAACACCUCUGAGAAGAUAGCCCAGGUUUAUGACCAGUAUUUGAACUUUGUGGUUUCGGAACCGGAUCUGUUCAGCUUGAACUUGAAAGAUGUUUAUUACACGCUUAACUCGGCUCAGGCUGCCGAUAGUGCUAUUGAACAAGCCAUAGAUAAAGUCGUCGGUGGUCUAUUUUCAGUAGCGGUUACUAUGGGAUCUAUUCCUGUAAUUCGUGCGCCUAAAGGCAACGCCGCCGAACUAAUAGCCCAGAAACUUGAUCGUAAACUCCGGGAUCAUGUCCUUAAUUCCCGCGAUAACAAUCUUUUCUCAGCCCGUGCUGGCGUCACUAGCACGGCGCAGUCCCGUCCAGUCUUGAUUAUCCUUGAUCGCAACAUUGACCUAAUUCCUAUGCUUUCACACUCAUGGACAUAUCAAUCGCUUGUGCAUGACGUGCUCAACAUGCGUUUAAAUAGGAUCACUGUUGAGACAAUUGAGGAAGGUGGGAAGGUUAGCAAAAAGAGUUACGAUCUAAAUUCAAGCGAUUUCUUUUGGGCCAAAAAUGCAGGAGUACCUUUUCCACAGGUAGCGGAGGACAUCGAUACGGAGUUGACUCGGUAUAAAGAAGAUGUUGCGGAGAUCACCAAGAAGACUGGGGCGGCAUCAUUGGAAGAUUUACAGAAUGACAUCGGCUCCUCCGCCCAACAUCUGAAAGCAGCUAUUACUCAACUCCCACAACUGCGCGACAGAAAGGCUGUCUUAGAUAUGCACAUGAACAUUGCUACUGCCCUUCUUAAAGGCAUUAAGGAGCGUCAGCUGGAUAACUUCUUCCAAAUAGAGGAGGCCAUCACUAGGCAGAAUAAGGCACAGCUGCUAGAAGUUAUCAACGAUCCGGAGAGAAAGAAUCCGGUCGACAAAUUGAGAAUGUUUAUCAUCUGGUACUUGAGCACAGAGAACGACGUUAGUAGGGGUGAUAUGCAGGAAUAUGAGGUAGCCUUGAAGGAGGCUGGAUGUGACCUCGAACCCCUGGCCUACGUCAAGAAAGUUCGCGAAAUUACUCGUAUGACAAUGAUGGCAUCGGCACCCUCUCAACCUGCCGCCCAGAGUGCCGGAGGCGAUCUCUUCAAAGGUUUCAGUUCAAUCUCCAACAGAUUGACGGAUCGCCUCAAGGAUGCUGGUGCGCUCGGUGGUGGCUUUGAGAAUCUGAUUUCUGGCGUCAAAAAUUUCCUUCCGGUGAACAAGGACUUGACGAUCACUAAAAUUGUUGAAUCUCUGAUGGAUCCAACAUCUUCGUCCACCUCAGCACUUGCCAAAACCGAAAACUAUCUUUACCUUGAUCCUCGUUCAUCCACUUCUCGCACAGGACCGUCUACUCGACUCGGACCAGACGGUAGACCGAUCGUUGGAGGACCUACUUUUGGCCAGAGAAGACAGGGAUUUACCGAGGCAGUGGUAUUCACGGUUGGUGGAGGCAACAUGGAGGAAUAUGGAAAUCUGCAGGAGUGGAGUAGAAGGGUAAAUGAUGCCAGCGGUGCAGGAGGCACCAGGAGGAAGGUAGUCUACGGAAGCACUGAGUUGAUUAGUGCGGAGAAGUUUGUGGGAGGAGAGUUGAAGAGGUUGGGCCAAGAAGGUUAGAAAAAUGUGGCUGGUGUGAAAUGAAAAAACUAGGCGCAUGGGAACGAAAAAUAAAUGGCUUGGAGACAGUUAACUAACCUGCUUAUUAAAAUUUUCUGAUGGGUAUUUUUAUUGCACCCUGUACUUCUGCGUUAUUCUUAAAAAUCACGCAAAUCCUGUCAAUAUUCUUCCCCUCCUUUUUUCCCGAAAUUGUAGGCUUUAUUCGUUCAAAUAAUAUACAGUUCCAG